CACGUGCUACAUCAUUAUCAUCAUCCGUUAACCUUUUCUUCAGAACACAGAGACAGACACACAGAGACAGAGACAAAAACAAACCUCAGAUCGUUGGGAAUCCCAUAAUUCCUCUAUAACAACCACCAUAUCUGACUCUUCUUUUGUUGCUUAAUAUACAACGUAGGUAUAUACCUAAUCUUCUUCUCUUUCUCUCUCCAUAAUCCAAAACUCUUUCGCUCUGUCUCUCUCUGGAACUCAACCUGUCUUGAUUGAAAGCUAAGUCUCUCUCUGAUACACAAAAGUGUAAGUGUGAAUGUGAAGAAAACGACACCAAAGAAUACCCAGAAAGUGUUCCUUUAAGACCCAGCAAAAUCCAUGCAUCUGGUUCCUGAAUAUACACUCUCUUCAAUACCAUCAUGACCAUUCUCAAUUGAGUUUUUGUGGGGUUUCUGUGAUCUGGGUAUUUAAGCUGCAAAAUGGGUUGAGCUUUGGUGCAAUGUGGGUUGUAUUGUUGCGUUUCUAGGUGUUCCGGCUGGGUAUUCUUUUGAAUCUUGAAAGACUAUGGCGUUGUUCCGGAAGUUCUUUUAUCGGAAGCCCCCAGACGGGCUUUUGGAGAUCUCUGAAAGGGUUUAUGUCUUUGACUGCUGCUUCACCACGGAUGUUUGGGAGGAAGAUGAAUAUAAAGUCUACAUAGGAGGAAUAGUAGGUCAAGUCCGUGAACACUUCCCUGAUGCUUCAUUCAUGGUCUUCAACUUUCGAGAAGGAGAGAACCAAAGCCAAAUUUCUAACAUAUUGUCCGAGUAUGAUAUGACGGUGAUGGAUUACCCACGACACUAUGAAGGGUGCCCAUUACUCACAAUGGAGAUGAUCCACCACUUUUUAAGAUCCAGUGAAAGCUGGCUGUCACUUGGGCAACAAAAUCUGCUUUUGAUGCAUUGUGAACGAGGUGGAUGGCCAGUUUUGGCUUUCAUGUUGGCUGCCCUCUUGGUUUACAGAAAGCAGUACACUGGGGAACAGAAAACUUUGGACAUGAUUUACAAGCAAGCACCUCGGGAACUUUUGCAGUUAAUGUCUCCUCUGAAUCCAAUGCCUUCGCAACUGAGGUACCUUCAGUAUGUCUCCAGAAGAAAUGUCGGCUCAGAAUGGCCUCCACUGGAUAGGGCACUUACGUUGGACUGUGUCAUUAUUAGAUGCAUUCCUAACAUGGAUGGGGCUGGUGGUUGCAGUCCAAUAUUUAGGCUAUAUGGACAAGAUCCUUUUAUGGCUGCUGAUCGGACCACCAAAGUUCUGUUCUCAACUCCAAAGAGAAGCAAACUUGUUCGGCAUUACAAGCAGGCAGAUUGCGAACUUGUUAAAUUUGACAUCCAUUGCCAUGUCCUAGGUGAUGUUGUUCUUGAGUGUAUUAGUUUGGAUGAUGACCUGGAACGUGAAGAGAUGAUGUUUCGGGUUAUGUUCAAUUCAGCCUUUAUAAGAUCAAAUAUUUUGAUCCUUAACCGUGACGACAUUGACAUCUUAUGGAAUGCUAAGGAUCAAUUUCCCAAGGAUUUUAGAGCAGAGGUUCUGUUUUCGGAGAUAGAUGCUGCUACUUCUCUUGUUCCAAUUGAUUUGCCUGGUAUUGAGGAGAAAGAAGGCCUUCCUGUGGAAGCAUUUUCCAAGGUUCAAGAGAUUUUCAGCAAUGUGGAUUGGCUAGAUCCAAAGGCGGAUGCAGCACUAAAUGUGCUCCAACAAAUCACAGCAUCCAAUGUCCUUCAGGAAAGAUUGGAUACCUUUUCUAUGUGCGCUGCAGAAACAGGUAGCUUGUUGCCAGAUUCAACUCCUGAAAAACUAAAAUCAGAAACCAAUGCCUCUGAAGACAAUAUCAGGAGUCCCUCAUCGAUGGCUGUGCUCCAACAAAUCAAAUCAUCAAAUGCCCUUCAGGAAAUACAGGAGUAUGUUUCUGUGCCUGCUGCAGAAGGUAGCUUGUUGCUGGAUUCAACUCCAGAAAAUUUAAAAUCAGAAUCAAAGGCCUCAGAAAAAAUGACCAGGAGUCUCACGUUGAUGGCUCAAGGGAAACAAUCUAUUCCCUCUUUUAAACCAUCUCUAGAUUCUAUUUCAGUUGGGAAGAAGAUUGAACCCCAAGAGUUACAGAUUGCUCUCCAACGGCCUGCCAAGUCUAAGAUCAUAUCUCAAAGAGGACCUCCAACUUCCCUAUCAGCUCCAGUUUCAUAUGCUAGUUCUUUGCAAGGCUCACCUCUGCCUUUAUCAAGAUACCAUAGUGCACCCUCGGCCCUUGGCAUUACAGCUUUGUUGCAUGAUCACGCCACAUCUAAUAGUGAAGAGGUCAAGCAUGCGGUGACAGUAUCUUUACCUUCCUCUACCACUUCAGCUUCUUCUAUUUCAAAUGUAACUAAACCUGUACAGCCAAUUAAUGUGCCUAUUGCUUCAAAGCUACCACCUUUACUGCCCCCUUUCUCAGGGCAAUCUUCAAUGGAUGCUCCUAUAACUACUGGAAAAACUUCUGCAUCUCCUCCAUCUCAGUCGAUGUCCACACCAAUUUCAAGUACGAUAGGUUAUUCACCUCCCCAACAGCCCGGGACCAAAAUACAGUCAUCGUUGCCUCCUCCCCCCCCUCCCCCUCCUUUUUCAGGGUUAUCUCCAUCUUCAUCUGUCAAGAACUCAUUUUCAACUCCUCCCCCACCUUCACCCCCUUCUUUUUCCGGGAUUUCCACAUCUUCCACUAUCAAAAAUUCAUUUUCAACUCCACCUCCCCCUCCUCCUCCUCCACUCCCUGCAGUUCCUACUUCAGAUGCUUGUGCUGUUCCUUCUGCAUUACAUGUGAAGAACUCAGCAACUACAUCUACCCCUCCACUGCCUCCACCUCCUCCACAUUCUGGGCCUGCCUCAGGUCCUACUAGAACACCUUCAGCACCUCCGCCACCCCCUCCUCCUGGUUCUGGUGUGAGGGAUUCUUCCUCAAAGAAUUCUGCUCAUGGUCCGCCUGUACCACCCCCUCCAGCUCCUUUUUCUGGGUUAACAAAAGCUGGUAGUGCCUCUCCACACUCUCACUCAGGAGUUAGAAAUGGAAAUUUAUCUCCAAUUCCUGGACCGCCUUCAGGUACUUCAUUCGGCUCAAAAGGAGUGGGACUAUUACGCCCAAGUCCCAGACAUCUAGCUCAGCCUAAAAAGACCAAUCUUAAGCCAUAUCAUUGGUUAAAAUUGACAAGAGCCAUGCAAGGAAGUUUAUGGGCCGAUGCACAGAAAGCUGAUGAAGCUUCCAAGGCCCCGGAGUUUGACAUGUCAGAGCUUGAGAGUCUUUUCUCUGCAACUGCACCAAAUUCAGAUCAAGGGAGUGCAGGUGGAAAAUCAAAUCGUCGUGCGGUGAAGUCUGAAAAAGUUCAGCUGAUUGAGCUAAGGCGGGCAUAUAAUUGUGAAAUCAUGCUUACAAAAGUUAAAGUUCCUUUGCCUGAAUUGAUGAGUUCAGUCCUUGCCUUGGAUGAAUCAGCACUAGAUGUUGAUCAGGUUGAGAACCUCAUAAAGUUCUGUCCAACGAAAGAAGAGAUAGAAUUGCUAAAGGGUUAUGGUGGAGAUAAGGGGAACUUGGGAAAGUGUGAACAGUUCUUCUUAGAAUUGAUGAAAGUGCCACGGGUGGAGUCAAAGCUGAGAGUUUUCUCCUUUAAGAUACAAUUCCAUUCUCAGGUUUCUGACCUUAGAAAUAAUUUGAAUGUUGUCAAUUCUGCAUCUGAAGAGAUCAGGAAUUCGGCCAAGUUGAAAAGAAUCAUGCAAACCAUCCUUUCUCUGGGUAAUGCUUUGAACCAUGGAACUGCAAGAGGUUCUGCUAUUGGAUUUCGAUUGGAUAGUCUCCUUAAACUCACUGACACACGGGCCCGGAACAAGAAGACGACACUCAUGCAUUAUCUUUGUAAGGUGCUUGCUGAAAAGUUGCCAGAACUUCUAGAUUUUCCAAAAGACCUUGUGAGUUUGGAGGCUUCAACAAAGAUACAAUUGAAAUAUUUGGCAGAGGAAAUGCAGGCCAUUAGUAAGGGGCUGGAGAAGGUUGUACAGGAAUUAACUGCCUCAGAAAAUGAUGGUCCUGUGUCAGAUAACUUUUGCAAGACUUUAAAGGAGUUCCUUGGUUUUGCUGAAGGGGAGGUGAGGUCUUUGGCUUCACGUUAUUCUAGUGUGGGUAGAAAUGCAGAUGCAUUGGCUCUUUAUUUUGGGGAAGAUCCGGCCCGUUGCCCAUUUGAGCAAGUUGUAUCAACUCUGCUCAACUUCGUGAGGAUGUUUGUACGAGCACAUGAGGAAAACUGCAAACAGAUCGAGCUUGAAAAGAAGAAAGCCCAGAAAGAGGAAGAAAAUGAGAAGGUGAAGGUAGGUACACCCAAAAAGGAGUCUGUACACCUGAGGACUGCCAUCAGGAGUGGAAACAUCAAUUGAUCAAGGAUUAUUAACACUUCAUUUACCUGAGCAACACAAGAUAAUUGCUGCUUGGAUGGAAAACCCAUACAAGGAGCGAGAAUACAAACUACAACCCGCAGCAUUGAUACUGAUGGCAUGGAGAAUGUUUAAUCCGAUGGCAAGAAUAAGUAAGCGGUUAAUGAAAAUGCAGGUGUACAACUGGGCAGAGAUUUAUUUUUCAAGCAUGAUGCUGGAGCUGAAGGAGUCCUGUUGGAUGAGCCACUUUUAAGAUGCUAUUAAUAAUUUUUGCUGUAACCGAGGCGGGGGGUUUCAUCAUUGUUUCUGUAUAUUUUUGAUUGAUAGGCAGUUGUGUAAUCAUUUUAAUUUAAUGCAUGUAUAUAAAUAAAAUUUCGUUGAGAAGAUAUGAUAAGCUCUUGAAAUA